UACAUGCCCAGGAACACACUUUGAUCUCUUCCAGAUGGGUAUAAAUUAACAGAGGUUGAGUUAUUAAGAACAGAAGUGAGACUGGCUGCAGCCAGAAGAAAAGGCACGAAAGCCGUGCCUGUUCAGAAAAGACUCGAUAUUUGAUGUAGAGGUUGUACAAUUGACAAAUCCACCAUCUAACACCAGAAUGAUUUCUCCAGAAGAUUACCUUCGACAUGAUGUGAAGAUUAUCCAUGGCUACCCCAUGAUUUAUGCCUUUACAUACAACUGGGAAAGAAUUGAGCAGUUCCAAUGCAAGCCAGAUGAUGUUUGGCUAAUCACUUUUCCAAAGUCUGGUACCGCAUGGGUGAGUGAAAUCAUGGACUUGAUUAGACAUGAUGGUGAUGUUGAAAAACAGGAAAAGAUUGAUAUUGGUAGGCGAGUCCAAAUGUUGGAAUCAGCAAUUCCUGGAAUAUUGCUUGAAGGUACAGAAUAUUUAGAGAAGAUGUCAUCUCCUCGGUUUGUGAGAACUCACCUGCCAAUUUCCCUCCUUCCCAAGAAUUUCUGGGAGAGCAAAGGCAAGGUCAUCUAUGUGGCUAGGAAUGCCAAGGAUGUGGUAGUCUCCUAUUACAAUUUUGACAAAAUGAACAAGUUCAACCCUGAGCCAGGCACCUUUCCUGAGUUCCUGGAGAAAUUCAUGUCUGGGAAUGUGCCCUAUGGCUCCUGGUAUGAACACGUCACAAGCUGGUGGGAGAAGAAGAAAGAUCACCCUAUACUCUAUCUGUUCUAUGAGGACAUAAAAGAGCACCCAAAGAGAGAAAUUCGGAAGGUGAUGCAAUUCCUAGGGAAGCAAUUGGAUGAAGAGACCUUGGACAGAAUUGUUCAACGAACCUCCUUUGAAACAAUGAAAAACAAUAUUUGGGUGAAUUACAAGUCAUAUCCAAGUACCUUUUUUGAUCAUGAUAUCUCUUCUUUCAUGCGCAAGGGGAUUGCUGGUGACUGGAAAAACUACUUCACUGUGGCCGAAAAUGAGAAAUUUGAUGCAGAUUAUGAGAAAAAGAUGAGGGGAACAACUCUGAAGUUCCGUAGUGAAAUCUGAAGAAAUUGGGGGUUUUCUGCAUUAAACAGAUUUGUUGCAAUUUCAUUUCCACAAAUCUCUCUAAUGAAAACAGAUUUUUCUUAAUCUGGAAAAUAAAAACAACUACCUAGAUAGUUCAAAUAAAAGUAAUUGCAUGGAAAAACAGAGCCAAAAAUUGGGGCAUUUGCAAAGAAAACCAGCUCCUGUCUAACUUCUGACCAAGAGUUUUCUUUUUUUGGUCAAUUUAAUGUAAUUUUUUUCAAUUCACACAAAUCUAUUUUCUCUCUAUCCCAUCUUGCUUUCCCCACUUCAUAUGAGAGGAGGGAAACCCUUAAAAUAAAUAUACAUAACCAAGCAAAAUAAAUUUACUACAUGACCAAGUCA